UUGAGAACUGCCUCCAGCGGUUGGACAAGCACAGUUUUGUCUAGUAAACUCUUGUUAACGCUUUACCCCGCAUCUGUCUACUCGGAGAACAGGUUCAUCUAUCAAAAACAGACAGUGCAGUUAAUUUAAGAAUAUCCCCAAAGAUGAUGCGUGUUUAUAAGCAUCGGCGUGGCGCGUGAGAGUUGAUGGUGGGCUGCCUCUCAAAGUUCUCUGAAGUUGUUCAAACAGGAGAAGAUAUAUAAUGCUUCUUCAACGAGACGAGCUUCAAUGAAAGAAUGAUUUCGUUCAUCAGUGGUAGGUGGUGGAGAUGGAAGUUCCCGAAUACUCUUGCCGUCUUCCUGCUGCUGAUCUGCUUUUCGAUCUCAGUAGCACAGAGCUGCCAGAGUAGCGUCAGCUGCAAUGUGGUGCUCACCGACUCCCAGGGCUCUUUUACCUCCCCCUGCUACCCCAAUGACUACCCACCCAGUCAGGCCUGCAAGUGGACCAUACAGGCCCCGACCGGCUUUAUAGUGCAGAUCACCUUCCUAGAUUUUGAGCUCGAGGAAGCGCACGGCUGCAUCUAUGACCGCAUCAUCAUCAGCACUGGCACGAAUAAUGCCAAAUUUUGUGGCUUAACACCCAAUGGACUAACUCUCAACUCCAGUGGCAAUGUGAUGGAGGUUUCCUUUAACUCAGACUUUAGUAUCCAAAAGAAAGGCUUCCAUAUCAGUUACAAGCAAGUGGCAGUGGCGCUGAGGAACCAGAAGGUCACAAUGCCAAAAAGCAGCAAGAAUGUAGUGAGAGUGUCCAAUUCAGUCUCCAUUCCUGUUCUCACGGCGUUCACUGUGUGCUUUGAGAUCGCCCGCACAGCCCAGAAGAGCACAGAGACCAUCUUUACCUUGUCUGAUGCCUCUGGGACAUCCAUUUUGGCAUUUGAGAAGACAGAAAGAGGCAUGGAACUGUUCAUCAGCGGUUCCUACUGCUCUGUAAAUGACCUGCUCACCAGCUCAGACAUCACAUCCAGCAUGACACCCAUCUGCCUCACCUGGACCAAGUCCACUGGCCUUGUGGCAGUGUACUUUGGAGGCCACUAUCGAGCCAAAACCUGCGCAGCCUCUCAGGUUUACACCUUGCCGAGUGGGGGAAUCCUCCAGCUUGCAGGAAAAGGGUCAAGCUCGGUCAGUGUCGAUGAUCAGAAUUUGGAUGGUUUCAUAUACAAUUUCCGGUUAUGGGAUUAUGCCAUGCCCUACUCCGAGCUGUCUGCCCUCACCUGUGAUGUCGAGGGAAACGUCAUUGACUGGGAUCAUCGUUACUGGACUAUCCCAGGCAGUCACACACAAACUGACAGCACGCUCAGCUGCAGCACUGCCAUAGCAACUCUUUCCCUGGGAACCACGGGUUGUACUUCACCUGGACUUGGCUGCCCAGCAACAUUAACUGUUACCACCGCUUCCAUUGCCACCACUAACAUGAUUCCUUUUAAUGCAGCAACCCAUGCUCUUACUACUACUCUUUCAUACACAUCUGCUUCUAGCAUGCCUCUAACCACAACUUCUGCUCUACUCACACCAAUUACUAGCACUAAAACAACAGCUACUACUGUAUCAACUACAUCAUCUUUAAUCCAAUCUAACCCGCCACCCAUCAACCCUGCUGCUGCUACUAACUCACCUCUGCCCAACCGCAAAACCAAUGAGGAUAUUUUUUACAGAAUAUCCCUUGUGGUAUUUGAUGAACAAGCAAACACCCCAGACAGGGAUGCUAAGACGAUGAUAUCUCAAUGGCUCAAUCAAACAUUUCAAAACUGGUUCUACAGAGUUUAUGUUGAAAGUGUCAGUCUCCAACCUAACACUGUUCUCUCAAGGGCCACAACUAUACGACAAUCCUACAUGGCCCUGCUGGUGUAUAAGAAUACCACUGAUGCAAGUCUGGCAGAAGUAGAGAUUGAGAACAUACUGAGAAGGGCCCCUGCAAUUGGAAAUGGCUUGAUAUUGGACAGUGUGACUGUGAACUUAAUGGAAAACUGCCAGGCAGAGGAGUUCCCAUUCCACUACAGAUGGCCAGAGAGCAGACCCACAGUCACCCAGUAUGUCCCCUGUUUCCCUUACAAAGAGCAAAACGCAUCCAGGACUUGCAUGAUUAGCCAGUAUAAUUAUACAUCAUAUUGGGCCCUGCCGGACCGCGGAAACUGCACUAAUAUUACAAGCAUUUCAAUUUCACAAGAGAAUGCAAUGGAAGUGGCCGUGCAGCUCGCUGACAUUACUAAUAAUGAGCUCUCUAAGGAGGAGGUGACACAGGUUGUCUUCAAGGUGAAGGAGCUUGUGAACAUAGCCAAAAUCAACGCCACCCUGGCCAGCACUGUGGUCACUAUUAUCUCCAACGUCAUGAUCAGCUCAGAGGCCGCUCAAAAGGACGCCUCAGAGACAGCUCUCAAAGCAGUGGAUGAAUUGGUGCAGAAGAUUGAAUUUGAUGGACCCUCACUAGCCAUCACAUCCAAAUAUCUGGCUGUUGGGGUUUCUGCUCUAAACAUCAGCAAUUUUAAUGGGACCACUUUCAGUGCAUUUAUAGCCACAAACCUGACGGACCCUCAGAUCGAUUUUGAGUCAGAAGCCCAUAAUGCUUUGGCUGUGGUCACUCUACCUCCAACACUACUGCACAACUUGAGUUAUUCACAAAUGGAAAGAGUGUCCAGAAUAAACUUCAUGUUCUUCAGCAAGACAGGACUCUUUCAGGAUCGGCAAAGUAAUGGCAUGUCCUUGAACAGCUAUGUGGUGGCUAGCAGUGUUGGCAACUUCACAAUCAAAAACCUGCAGGAUCCCGUCAAAAUAGAGAUUGCCCAUCUGGAGUACCAGAGAGAUCCAAAGCGUCUUUGUGUGUUUUGGGAUUUCAGCCUCCAAAGUGAAGAUCGCAUAGGGGGCUGGAACAGUGAAGGCUGCGAGGUCAGUCCGGAGUCCAACAGCAACAGGACCGUCUGCUUGUGUAAUCACCUCACACACUUUGGCAUUCUAAUGGACAUCUCUGGAGCUUCUGCACAGAUAGAUGAGAAGAACAACAGGGUUCUCACGUUCAUUACUUACAUCGGCUGUGGCAUCUCAGCCAUUUUUUCCGCAGCAACACUGCUCACAUACAUCGCUUUUGAGAAGCUGCGGCGUGACUAUCCCUCCAAGAUCCUGAUGAAUCUCAGCACGUCACUGCUCUUCCUCAACAUGGUGUUUCUUCUGGAUGGCUGGUUGGCCUCAUACGACAUUGAGGGAUUGUGUGUGACAGUGGCUGUUUUUCUGCACUUUUUCCUUCUCACUUCCUUCACCUGGAUGGGCUUAGAGUCCAUCCACAUGUACAUUGCCCUGGUCAAGGUCUUCAACACCUACAUACGGCGAUACAUCCUCAAGUUUUGUCUCGUGGGAUGGGGUGUCCCUGCUUCAAUUGUUGGCAUUGUGUUGGCUGUGGGCAAAAAUUCUUAUGGAAAAAACUAUUAUGGAAAAGGAGAGAAUGGACAGGGCACAGAAUUCUGUUGGAUUCACAGUCCGGUGGUAUUCUACGUGACAUGCGUGGGCUACUUUUCCAUGAUCUUCCUGAUGAAUGUUGCCAUGUUCAUCGUGGUUAUGAUCCAGAUCUGCGGGCGUAACGGCAAGCGCAGCAACCGAACACUUCAAGAGGAGAUCUUGCGUAACCUGCGCAGUGUGGUCAGCCUGACUUUCUUACUGGGCAUGACCUGGGGCUUUGCUUUUUUUGCCUGGGGUCCAGUCAGCUUGGCCUUCAUGUACCUCUUCUCCAUUUUCAACUCCCUACAGGGAUUAUUCAUAUUUGUGUUCCACUGUGCCCUGAAAGAAAAUGUACAGAAGCAAUGGAGGAGAUACAUCUGCUGUGGAAAGUUCCGCUUGGCAGAUAACUCAGACUGGAGCAAGACUGCCACUAAUAAUACCAAGAAAGUGAGUUCCGAUAACCUGGGAAAAUCCCUCUCCUCCAGUUCCUUUGGCUCCACUACAGCCAACUGGACGUCUAAAGCCAAAGCCACACUAAACCCCUUUGCCAGGCACAGUAAAGCAGGUUAG